UUUGACCGGCAGUUCUACAGCGAGAUCCUGGACGCCACGCUGACCAUCACCGUCACCAUGCGGACGCUGGACCUCAUCGACGAGGCCUAUGGCUUUGACUUCUACAUCCUCAAGACUCCAAAAGCCGAUAUGUGCUCGAAGCUCGGCAUGGAUUUAAAGCGAACGAUGCUGUUGCGACUUGCACGGCGGGAUCCUAAACUGCAUCCUGAUGAUCCAGCCAGAAGAGAGGCGAUCUAUAAUAAGUACCAGGAAUUUGCGAUCCCAGAAGAGGAAGCUGAAUGGGUUGGCUUGAGUUUAGAAGAAGCAAUAGAGAAACAGAGGCUCCUAGAAAAAAAGGACCCUGUCCCACUCUUUAAGGUGUACGCUGAAGAGCUUGUCAACCAACUGAAAGAACAAGCACCGCAGCAACAGCAGUAG